AUGGACGCCAGAGAACGAUUACAACAAACUGUAGCAGAUAAUCCAGCUCCUUUGAUGAUAGACACUGGACUCGAAGUCAGAGCUUACACGCACAAAAGCUUCUAUCCGCAUUCUAUUCGUACAGAGGAACCAAAGGACUGGGGCAGAUUGGCAUUCAUUGGAGCCGAGUUAAUUGCAAUGUGUGCAACAGAGGUUUUGCUUCAGAGAUACAAGACCAUGCGGCCAACGCACCUUUCAAGACUACGAAACAUGGUCGCCAAUAUCGAUACAGUCGCAGAAUGGUCAGAACUAUACGAGUUUCCGGACAGAAUACGCGCAUCGCCCAGCCAGCAGUCCCAGAUACAAAGCCAGACAAAGCAUCGUGCCGCAGUAUUCGAGGCUUAUGUCGGCGCUGUCUACCAUUCAGAGGACUUGAGCCGCGUCCAAAAUUGGUUGCGACCAUUGAUCCUGUGCGUGCUCGAGGCGUAUGACGAGAGAGGAAACGGCGAGGAUUCAGAUGACGAUUCAGAUGACGACGAGUUUGAUACCGGUGACAGAAGGAUAGAAGUCACUGAUACUACUCCCACCCGUAACUCUCCUUCUCGAACUCCUGGAUUGGAAACCUUCGUAUAUGACAUGCGGCAGCCAUCAUUCAGCGACGAUUCGGCGUCCAUACAAAGUUCUGGCUCGACGUCGAUCAGUAGGAUGUCUCUUCUCCGACAGCCUACCUCUGCGUCCACCCGGGCGACUCACGGCGUCGCAACAGGGGGUGCAUACGCAAACGCACCAAGUGCCCAUAGACUCCUUGGCUUGUCCGACUCAUCGGAGCUCCCAUCACAGCGUGCUGCCCCGAUUAGGCCUCCUCACGGCGUGACGACAGCGGACGUACACGCAAACCCACCAGGGGUCCAUAGGUUCCCUACUAUAUCUCAGCUAUCGGACCUCCCAAGUGUCCCAAGUGGACUAAAGUUUCACCCUCAUGGUUCUCCUAGCGUUUCGAACCUUACUCCGAGAUCCAAUCCCCUACUGACUCCAGUUUCGAUGACACAAACCCCGCGUCGUCCGUCUUUAAAUUAUGCCCCUGCGACGUCGCCUCCACCUGGUGGUUACCUCGCUCUCUUCAAUCAACUUGCAUCUCAGAAGCAUAUUGAGCCCGAGUGGCUAGCCACAGCGACCGGUAAAUCCUUUACUGUUUCUGAUGUUGUUCAUUCUGCUGACCAAGGUUCCAAAGGUCCCGCGCAUCGUCCGACUUUCAAGGCCACCGUCAAGAUCAAUGGUACGAUAUGCGGCGAAGGAGUUGCGUCAAGUAAACAAACCGCGAAGCAUCAUGCCGCCAAGGACGCGCUAGACAACCUUCGCUGGCAUACAAAAUAG